AUGGAUCAAUAAAAAAAGAAGUGGCAUGCCGAUGAAACUAAGAUAAAUGUUAAUAUAUUAUAAGGAAAGCCAGUAUUAUAUUUAUAUCUUGUUUACAUAUAUAAUUUGAAAAUGCUAAAGUAUGUAGUUCUGCUGAGUAUUAGAAAGGAAUCUAUAGAUAUGAUUAAGAUUCAACUUUAUGUAUAACAACAGAAAAAAUGGGUAUGGAGUUACAAAAAUAGGAUUAAAUAGUUACAUGAUAGCUUUAGGAUUUUGUUUUGAAUAAGUUAUUAUAUUAUUAGUUAUAUACCCAUUAAAAUAUAGGAUUUUAAACAAUACUUCGAUGAAAUACUGUCUCAGUGUUUGAAUGAUGUUACUGUAUAAUUGGCAAGUGAUAGUAAUUCACCAUCCAACAGAUAUGUUUGA